ACUUGUAGCUGCUGCGAUUAAGACGUGUCUGCAGGCAAUCUCUAAGGCGUAUCCUUGUCGACACCAACAACGGUCUCACUUUUCAUCAUGCUCCGAGUUAAAUGGAGGGCCAGGAACGCUCCAUAUAUUGGUCCAGCGGCUGGGACAAGAGGAGCCGCAUCCAGGACGACGACGGCUCACGCCUCUGCCAGACCUACAACGGUGACAACUCACAUGGCCACUGACCUCCCUACUCAGCCUAGCCUGCCAGUCAUCCCUCUAAACACUCCGCCAGUUGUGGACCCUCAUCAACAGGUUAUGGCUAACUUCCCAAUUAAUGAAAACAGGGGAGAACAAAUUUCAGGUGAAAAUGUUACCAAUACCAUGCACGCUUAUCAUGAGCCUGCCAUAGCACCACUAGUUAGUGUUGGCGACGAGUUGGCCGUUCACAUUGAACAAACAAUUAAGGAAAAAAUUUGGAACCGAGAUUACAUUGAAUUAUCUAAGUUAACACAGUCUGAAUUUGAAAUUUCCAAUGUCAUCCAACCAAAAAAUCCACCUAAACGAAUUACAUCAAUACAUACUUGGACAGAUGCAUUUUUAAUCUUCGCAAGUAUAUACUUAACGAGGCACCCUGUUGAUCUCCAGGGCAUCCUCAAGUAUAUGCACAUAGUUAGACUGGCAGCAAACAGAUCAGUUAGUGGGUGGAUCGAAUAUGAUAGGCAAUUCAGGCUACGCCUGUCAAAGAAUCCUAACAUUUCCUGGGGUUCCGUUGAUGCUGAGCUAUGGCUCUUGUUUAUUUCUAACCAAAGCCAAUCACCCCCCCCCCCCCCCCACUCAACCGACCCAUAAAUGUUUCGACUUUAACUUUAAGGGUUCAUGCCUUCGCCAGCCCUGUAAUUACCUCCACUUGUGCAUGUAUUGUAAUAAGUCGCAUCCUAGACUACAUUGUUGGGUCAAUCAAAGUAAUCCAUCUCCUCAGGCUAACAUCCCAAACCCAACAUCCAACCCUCAACCCAGGCAACCGUUAAGUCAGCACAAUUUCCGUCCCUUCAACCCCCGAGCACAAUCCAAUUCCCAUCAACGUCAAAGAAAUAUGGGACCUAGGUUCAACACCCAUUAAUCAUUCCAUUUUGAAAAAUUACCUUCGUGAUCAUCCUGAUACUCAGUUAGUCCAGCACGUUGUGAAUGGUUUUAGGCACGGUUUCAGUUUAAAUUACACAGGAUUAAGACUCUUGGUUUCGGCAAAAAAUUUGAAAUCUGCAACUCAGCAUCAGGUUGAAUUACUCCAGAUAAUUCAUAAAGUAAUUAGUUUAGGUCAUAUGGCUGGUCCUUUUCACCAUCGCCCUUUGUCAAAUUUAAGGUGCAACUCAGUUGGGGUUUUGCCUAAAAAAGAUGGGAGUUGGCGACUAAUCACCAACUUGUCUGCUCCAAUUGGAAAUAGUGUAAAUGAGUUUAUCGACCCGAAAUUGUGUUCAGUUGCUUACGCAUCAUUUGAUCACGCUAUCCAAAUGAUUCAAAGGUUAGGACAGGGGGGCAUUAUUGUGCAAAAUGGAUUUAUCUAGUGCUUUUAGGUUGUUACCAGUACGUCCUGCUGAUUUUUCUUUGUUGGGUAUUUGUGUAGGUGAUCAAUUCUUCAUUGAUAAAUGCAUGCCAUUCGGUUGCUCUAUUGCUUGUGCAACUUUUGAGAAGUUUUCCUCAUUACUACAUUGGAUAGUAGCUACCCAAUCACACAACAGUAAUAUUAUUCAUUACCUCGACGAUUUCUUGUUUGUUGGUAAGCCAUUGUCUGAUCAUUGUUAUAACCUCUCUCUAGUUUUCAGACAAACUUGUCGAGCAAUCGGGGUUCCAAUCAAUGACAAAAAAACUGAGGGUCCAACUACUAAACUUACAUUUCUAGGUUUGGGCAUUGACACAAUUAGCCAAACAAUCUUCAUCCCUGAACAGAAGUACAUUGAGCUCAAACAAGCCUUGGUCUAUUUAUCGUCGUCCAAGAAGGUCACACUUACACAAAUGCAGUCUUUGUGUGGUUCUUUAAAAUUUUUUGCAAAGGCAGUCCCAGGUAGUCGGGCAUUCAACCGUCGAUUUUAUAAUUCUACCAUUGGUAUCCGUAAACCACACUUUCGACUUCGUGUCACAAUAGGCAUGAAACAAGAUGCAAGGGUUUGGUUAGACUUCCUUGAAAACUUCAAUGGCCGUGCUCCAUUUCCAGAUCUCCUAUGGUCAUCAAAUACUGCGUUAAACCUAUUUACGGAUAGCUGUGCAUCUUGUGGAGGCGGUGCAUUUUACAACAACAGUUGGCUUGUUAUUAAGUGGUCUAGUACCUGGGAUUCUCAGGUUCUCCGAGACAUAACAUUCCUCGAGUUAGUUCCUAUUCUGUGUGCAUUCUGGGUAUGGGCGGGUAGCUUUGAGUCUAAGAAAGUGUUACUACAUACAGACAAUUUGGCUUUGGUCCACAUCUUAAAUUCACAAUCAAGCAAAUCGGAAAGGGUCAUGCAGUUAGUACGCCCUUUAGUGCUGCUCUGCUUAAGACACAAUAUACAAAUAAAAGCGGUUCAUAUUCCUGGAUGUCGGAAUUUGAUUGCUGAUGCUAUUUCUCGCUUUCAGUGGGACCGCUUCAAAUCCCUUGCCCCACAGGCAGAGAAAUAUCCGUCACGGAUACCUCCAGCAAUAUGGCAAGUCUUGAGUAUCGAAUAGAAGCACUUUUAGCAGCAGCAGUUUCCAAAAACACCGCGGCUACUUAUAGCAGGGCUCUAGACUCAUUUACAGAAUUUCGGUCUAAGUACAACCUUCCAUCCUUUUGGCCACCUUCUGUGGACCAAAUUGUUUAUUACUUAGCUUAUCUAUCAACAAAGAACAUAUCAUUUUCUACAGCAAAAUGCUACUUAAGCGGGCUAAGUUACCAUUUGCAAAUUCAAGGUAAAGAAGACACAACUAAAGUUUUCAUUGUUAAGAAGAUGUUAGAAGGCAUGCAUCGUUUAAACCCAUUAAAGCACAUAAGGGCACCUAUUUCGUUGCCCCUAUUAAAUCGGGUUACAUUGGCACUUCCUUCAGUCUGUAAAAAUUAUUACGAGGCAACUUUGUUUACUGUUGCUUUUCAUUUGGCCUUUUUUGCAUUACUUAGAUUUAGCGAGCUAACAAUCUCUACAAACACUUCAUACGCAAUUUCCAUUCAUGAUCUUGGGUUCUAUAAGAACCAAAUUAAACUGCGUAUUAGGGGUUCGAAGACUGAUCAGUAUGCAGUGGGUUUCAUUGUUCAGAUAGAUCUCAAUCAUGAAACCUCUACACUAUUUUAAUAGUUACAACAUUAUCUGCACUCUAGACCAACAUCACCUGGCCCUUUAUUACUCCACCUAAACGGUAAGCCACUCACUUCUUAUCAGUUUACUUCAAUCUUGCACAAAGCAUUACGGUUCAUUGAAGUCGACACAUCUACAUUUAAAUCCCAUUCAUUUAGAAUAGGGGUGCAACCCAUAUGCAUCUCUCAAGGGUCCCAGAAGAACAUAUCAAAAUUAAGGGUAGAUGGAAGUCUAACGCAGUUAAAUCGUAUAUUCGUGUAUGAAUUGUCAUUAUAGGCUUGGUGCUUGCAACAUUAUACUGGUCACUAACAGUAUGUUAAGUUUGCAGGUAUCCACACAGUCGUAUGGAUAGUCGGAUCAUCUUUGAUAUAUCAUGUAUGUAACUACACUAAACCUUAUUUUGGUAAUCAGCACCUCAACCUACUAUCCAAGAACAUUGCCAUUAGAUGGUUUGGUCAGAGGGGCAUGACCUGGGAGCAUAUGGAAUCUAAGAUCCAAAGGCUAGUUGUUCAAUUUGGUCCUCCCGAUGUUUUGAUGUUGCAUUGCGGUGGUAAUAGCAUCGGGACCAUGUCACUUAGACAAUUGCAGAUUUAUGAAGCAAACUAUCUAUACACUUUAUCAAUUAUUGCCAAAUUGCAGAUUCAUUUGGUCUGAAAUCUUGCCUCGUACUUAUUAUCGUCAUAUGUUCUCAUUAAAUUCAGUAGAAAUGUCCCGCAAGAGAAUAAAUAGUGCAAUGAGUGCAUUUAUCAUUCAACGGGGUGGGGGUUAUAUUUCGUACCCUGAUCUCAAAUCAUGUUCCCCGGUCUUGUUUCGAGACGGGGUACACUUAACUGACAUUGGUCAAACUAUAUUCAGGGGGGCCUUUUCACUAUUAUUAGGGAGGGGGUUCAGCACUUUCCGCCUCGAGCAGUUAAUUGAGGUCAGUUGAUCCAUACUGGGCAGUUCGUCAUGACAGGGGCCAAAAUUUGCAGCAUGUGGCUGAUGUCUAUGCGCACCUUGCUUUACUACAGGUACUCGUCGACAUGUGGCCGAACUUUGAACUUUGAAGCCUGCCCUAGAUUUCUGUUGUUUUCCAGGGUCUGGGGCCAAUAAUUGGGCUUCUGUCAUUUUCUCAUUUUCAUUGAUAUUGCUAUGCCAUACACUGUUGACAAAGUCGGUGUAGCUCAUUGUCGUUGUACAUUAUUGGUGUUUAUAUUUGUCAUUGAUUCACCUUGUAUACUCAUUUGCCAUAACUCGUGGCACCGUUGUUAUUGUCAAGAAUUUGCUCAAAAAUAUAAAGCCUUGACAAAAACUGCUAAAUCAUUCUUGGAGUUGAUGUGUCGUCAUAAUCAGAGUUUUAUCUAUAUAAAUAAUUAAUAUCAAUGAAAAGAGACCCUUGGAUCACAAGAUCCACCUGAGCCAUCUUACCCUCACAGAUAGAUAUGUCUUUCAUAAGUUUAAGAGUCCUAAUUGUAGUUUCACAUUGAACCAAAACUCACUAUUGGAUAACUGAGAAUGCAUGCAUAUUGGAUUAACUGUUCUUUUCCCAGGCAAAGGUCUAUGCUCACUGUAUGUGUAUUUAAGGGGGUAAAUUAGUUCCAUUAUGACUCUUAUCUAAAUCUUUGCAUAUACAUUAAAAUACCAUGAUGUAUAAUGUUUCAAUUAAAUUUUUAUGUACAAGAAAAAUUGAAACACAUUGAUAAAAGUUAUAAAAUUGGUAUUCUAUCAUGUGCACAUUUUUCAUUGUGAAAUGUUUACUGGUAUAUCAAAGAAAGAAUAAUUAACAGUGAAAUUUCCUUUAGAUUUAAUAAUAUUAUUGUCUUU